CAAAAAAUUUAAAAAAACAUUUAAAAAUCUGAUAAAAUCACUGCUAAUGCAUGCUCAGAAUCGUGAAAAAAAGUAGAAAUUAAUAGCGCACGAAAAGAAGACUCAAGCGUAGCGCAGUCGCACGGUGUAGUGAAGUUUAUGUAUAUUUUAAAGUUUUGUAUUACUGAACGAUUGCAUAAAAAAUGAACUGAAAAUGAUUGCUUAAAAACAUGGACACAUUUAAAUUUAACUUAAGUUGUAUUUGAGAAAACAAAAAAAAUUUAUUCGCAAAUCCUUUGAAAAUAUGUGCGCGAAAUCGUGUAUCUAAUAUCGUAUUUUUGUUGAACAAGAAAUGGUAAAAAAGUGAGCGCGUUUUUAUAAAAAAAAGUGAUUGAAUAAAAAACCGUUGAAAAAUAAAAGAUGCUCAAUCGGUUAAAUACGAAUUUUUUAAAUAAAAAUAUGCGCGCGCCGACAAGUUUCAGCGUAGAAAAUUGUGAAGUAACUCGAAGCGGCGAGUUUAGGAAGUGUAAAAAUAGCAACAGUUGUACCGAUAAAAAAGUAACUGCAAAGUUGUAAUAGAAGCCGCUCUCGUUGAUCAAUCAAAAAAAAAAUCAAGAAUUGUUUUAAGCCAUAAAAUUGAAUGUUACAACAAAACCGUAUUGCAUUUGAAUGCCUGUUAGUUUGUGUGUAGAGUUCGCUACGUUCAAGUGAAGUGAAAACAAUGUCCGCCAACUCAAAAACAACAGCAACAAUCAACUCAAACAAUAACACCAACACUACUGCCACCAACACCAACACCACAACCACCAUAACGACCAACAACAAUAGCAUAAGCCACUGCCUCCGAAGCAGUAGCAACAGCGACCUAACUGCUGCCUCAAGCAGCAUUAUAAGUACUUCUACAAACAGCACCACCACCACCGCCACCACCAGCAACAACAAAAACACUGCCACAAUAAAUACCUCCACAGCCAAUACAUUCUCGAAUAUAAAUAAGAGCGCUGGAGCUACUGGAGCGCCGCAACUUUCACUAUUCGAUCAGCUGAAGAAUAGCGCAAAUCUAAAUAAUAUCAAAUGCAGUAGCUUCAGUCAUAACUUCAACAGCAAACUCAAGUCACAAAAUAAUCUCACCGAUUGGCGUAGAUUCGCUGAGGAUGACAGCAGCAAUAAUAGUGCCACCAGUAGCAGCAGUAGUAGCAGUAAUAGCAGCCUUUCAAGUGCCAGCGGGCUCGGCAUAAAAGACUCUUUUCAGCAACGAUUUGUUGCCGCCGUUUUAGGCAACAGCAGCAGCAGCAGCAACAGCAGCAACAGCAGUUGCAGCAGUGACAUUUUAAAGUCAACGAAAAAAGACUUGCCACAAGUGGCUGUAAAAUUAAGCAAUGCAACAAUUAACAACAACAGCAGCAAUAAUAACACUAACAUAAGCAAAAUGAAUGCAACAGAAUGCAAGGAAGCGUCGGCUGCUACAAAGCGGCUGGCAAGCGAAACAACUGCCCCCGAGCAGCCAGCAGAAUCGGAGGCGUGUAACAAUAUUUUAGAUCUCACUUUGCAGCCUGCCAGGCGUAAUAUUAAUCUUAGAGCGUCGACAAUAGAAGCAGCACUAGCAAAAGCUGAGCGGGAGAAAAGUGAAGCCAAGCUAGCGGCAGUGGAUGUAAUCAGCAAUGCCACAAUGUCGCCGACAUCUUCAUUAUGCAACAACAGCGUGGCUAAGACAAACAGUAACACCUUCAUUAAGGGCAACAGCGCAAGCUGUGGCAAGAAAAUAGCGCAGGCUGACAGCAAACUGUCGAGCGUAGCCGCAAACGCCCCAAAUGCAGUUAAUCUGCUUGCCAGCGGUGAGUGCGAAGGUGUCAAUGGGAAUGGCAACAGCACUGGCAAUAACAACAACGGCGACGCUAAUGGCGUGUCAACAAUAUUGACGGCUACAAGCAAACAGCCACAGCCACAGCCACAACAGCAAAAGCAAAUACAAUUCUCAAUGCCGACACUGCCACCACCCUCAGCUGCAUCAGCGUUCACUUCUACAGCAACCAAUAUUGCUACAGAGCAUAAAAAUAGCAAGAGUAGCUCAUUGACCGCCACUGGCGGCAUAGGUGUUGUGCGUGCCACAAAAAGGACGGCUGGUAUCGCAGCCGCUGGAGCAACAGCAACAGAAGUGUCUGACGCCACUAACUCAACGCUGAGUAAUUUCACCACACCUGCUUGUGUGGCGCCAAUGUCAACGCAUUACUUCGCACAAUGCAAGCGACAAAAACAAGCCGCGCUCACAGCAACAGCAACAGCGUUAAGCAAUUCGUCACCUUUUACCGCUGGUUUGCUAAGCGAGCAACAGCAAAAACAAUAUAUGGAAAAUUUGAAAGCCCUACUCGAUACAGAUCAACUCGGUUCGGUUUACGCGCAUCAUUCGCAUAGUGGCAACGAUCUCAAAGCCGUCGUCUAUUCGGCGCUUACGAGCGCCCUGUGCGGCGGAAAUAGUGCUGCAGUAACAGCGGCCAGUAAGCUAUUGGCGGCUGCCACCAAUCAACAGGCCAAGAAGAAACGCAAGAAGAAGCGAUGCACCGAUCGUUGCGAUUCAUCAGAAUCAUCUGACAGCCGCGUUCUGCAAACAACCAUCAAAGUGGCUGAGAAACGCAAACGCACACCGUCGCCCGGACGUCCACCGCGGUCACCACUGAAUCGACGUAAAUCGCUCGAAUCGCUAUCGUCGAGUGCCGCCACCCCACCGCCUUCGCCCACGAAACCACGCAACUUACUGCCGUCGGUGCGCCGCAGCUCAAGAACGCCAACACCGCCGACACUACCGCCACCGCCACGCACCUCAACACCCACUCGUGUCGCAUCGCCCACGCCGGCGGUCACCGCAAAGGAACGUCUACAUUCAGAGAAACGUUCGAGCAGCACCACGGCUUCUACGAUCACGCCCACCUCGAUCGCUGAUCAUCUGCGUUUGCCCACAAACGCUGCAGCGGCGGCCGCUUUCAGUUCCUUUCCAGCGCUACACAGCAUGAGCAGUUUGAUGGUGCCAUCGGCGGCGGCCCCCUUCUUACCAUGGUCACCGAUACUGCUACCACCGUGGGGACAUCCACUCCUGCCUGCAUUCUAUCCGGCGGCUCUGCGUAACGCGUUACCGGGUCUCUUCGACGCGAAGGUACCCUCGUCACAACGCUCCUCUGGCUUUCACAUAUCGGACAUACUGAAUUUGGAUGGCAGCGAACUGAAGAAUGGCGUUGUGCCACCACAUGCCGCCGCCGCUGGCCAUCACAGCGAAACUGAUAUUAGUCACAGCAUCCAGCAACACCAGCCCCAUCACGCCAGCCAUCUCACCCAACUGCAUCCCCACCAUCACAACAAUAACAAUAACACCAGCUUACACAACAACAAUAGCAAUAGUAAUGGUGAUGCACACAGUGCACAUUUAACGCCACCAGCGUCAGUAUUAAGCGGCGCAGGUUCUAAUACGUUAACGGUACCCAACGAUGAUCAGACAACUCAACACUCUGCUGGUACUACACCCACACCAGUGGUAACUGGUGGUGGUAACAUAUUGAACGGCACCGAUGGCAAUGGUGGCCAACCGAACGCCGCUUCGGUAGCGGCAAAUGCACAAGCCACCGCACAUCUCAUCGCUAGUCAUCACAAUGCCGUUGCUGCAGCAGCAGCCGCCGCAGCGGGUCAAUAUUUGCCAAAGAACUUUUCCAGUUUCAGUGAUGAGCUGUCGUCGUAUCAUCAGAUGACGCAUACAGUGUUGGCGCAUCCGGCGCGUAGCGCUUGGAUUAAGGAAAAUGAGCUUUAUGGCAUUCAACAGCCAGCCAGUCCUGACAGUACCUCGCCACACACCUCGGAGGUUUCCUACACCUACAUCGGCUCCAAUUGCCAGACCUCGCCAGCGCUCUCCGGCGACUAUAAGACCUACAGUCGUUCCGCCGAAAGCGAUGCGCUUUCCGUCGGCGAUGCUAAUUCGAUGCACAUGCAAACCCACACCGGCUCUGCAGCUCACCAACAGCUGCACGCCCACCUCCAGCAGCAGCACAACAAGAGCAUGCCAGGCAGCGCUGGUGGCGGCGGCGGCGGUGCCGACAACACAAGCGCCGGCGGUUCCUCCUCCAAUGCGCACGAUGACAGCCUCAUCGAGGACGGCAUCGAAGAGGAGAUCAUGGACGACGAGAAUGACGAGGAGAAUGGCGGCAAUGGCUCCACCAACGGCGCCGAUGGCAUGCCGAACAAGAAACGCAAGCGUCGCGUACUCUUCACCAAGGCGCAAACCUACGAGUUAGAACGACGUUUCCGCCAGCAACGUUACCUAUCGGCACCAGAGCGUGAGCACCUCGCCAGCCUAAUACGGCUGACACCAACGCAAGUGAAAAUCUGGUUCCAGAACCACCGCUACAAGACGAAACGCGCACAAAAUGAGAAGGGCGUCUACGAGCAUCACCCCGCCAUGCAUCCCCAUCACGCGGCCGCUCUGCCCUCGCCACGUCGCGUUGCGGUACCGGUGUUGGUGCGCAAUGGAAAACCAUGCCUGGCAGAUGGCACAAAACUGCCGCAGGAUUGCAUGACGCAGCAGAUGCAGAACGCUGCAGCAGCGCAUCACUUGGUGCUGCACGCGAAUGGCGCGGCGGCGUAUCAGCAUGCGGCAGCAGCGGCGGCAGCGGGCUUACACGCAGCGCAUGCGCAUCCACAUCAGCGCCCCUGGUGGCCCUAAUAUUGCUGAGGGCUGAUGGAUAGAAUGUUGUGGAGGCGUGGUGCUGGAGCAAGCGCAGUGUGAGAAUCAGUGAAAGAGGGAGCUGGGUGCCGGCGACAAUUGCAAGCGUGUGACAACAGCAGCAUUGAGGAAAAGCACGUUGGGUGAUAAGCGGAACUUGGAUUGGGAAAAUUUUUUUCAAUAAUUUUUUUGAGACAGCAGAUGCUUUUGGCGGCGCUACUCGAAUAUUGGACAAUAAUUUCAAAAGGCCAGAAAAAAUGAAGCAAAAUGAUAAAUUUAAAAUUUGAAAGAAUGUGUGUAAAAAUUAGGUGCAA